ACACUAAUCAGAAAAUAUAAUCAAAGUUCCCUUACUUGGAUAAUUCACCUUGUAGCAGCAGGGGUGUAAAAAAGAAAGCUCGGCAGCAGUGGACAUUUACCGAUAAAUACUUCAAAAAAUACUUCAGUCCGGCGGUUACAAAAGAGAGAUUUGUUUAUUCUGAAAGCACAGAGACAAGCUGUUACAAUAAUGGACCCCAGUAAGUCGAGUGCUCCCCCAGCGGGAUGGUCUGAUGAGAAGGCUUCCAUGGGCCAUGCGCCACCUCCGCCCUACCAGGACAACACGUACCCGGGGAACCCACAGCCCGGCCUGGCAUACCCACCACAGCAGCAGGGCUUUGCACCUCCACCACAGUAUGGGGGUGCAGGAUAUGGACAACAACCUUACCAAGGUCAGCAGUACCCAGGACAGCAGUACCCAGGACAGCAGUACCCAGGACAGCAGUACCCAGGACAGCAGGCCACCGUCACUGUCCAGCCCACAGUGUACGUGACUCGAGGCCCGCUGCUUAACCCAGUUAACGACUACUUGUGCUACUCCAUCUUCACCAUGCUGUGCUGCUGCUUACCCCUUGGAAUUGCUGCCCUCAUCUACUCCAUCUCAGCCCGUGAAUCCAACCACAUUGGGGACCAGAUGGGGGCAGAGCGGAACAGCAGGAUGGCCCGGACACUGAACCAUGUGGGCCUGGGACUCGGCAUCGCUAUGCUCAUCCUCACCAUUGUCUACGUAGUGGUGGUGGCAUCUCAGAUUAACCUUUCAGUCACCUGUUGAUAUAUAUAUAAAAAGACUUUUGAAAAGUUACUGAUAUAUUAAUCAACAGUAGAAGGCCAUGUAAUCCAUUACUCUCUACACUUUAAAGAGUAACCUGCAACAUAUUGCUUCAACAUUAUUUUGUGUUUGGGAUUUUCUUCUAUGUUGUCACACAUCAAAAAUCAACAUUUUCUGUUUUUGACAUUUAAAAUAUUUUUCAACUUUGGCCAGUGUUGCUUCACCAUAUAUAUAUAUAUAUAGAAUGCAGGUGUUAUCCAAAGAGUUUUACAUGUUCGUGUUCUAAUAGCAAAUGAUUAUCAAUACACAGUAGUGCCACAUUUCAUAUUGAGCUGAGUUUUGUGUAGUUUUGCAAUUGAAAGAGAUUUGUCUGAGUUUACAAUAGGUGAAAUAUUGCUGCCCUUUUUAUCGGAAUUGUUGGCUGUAAAUAUGCCCUCUAACUUUCUUAAGAGUAUGCCAACAAAAAAUAGCAUUU